AUGGCUUUGAGGCUUGCACUGCUGGCUGCACUUGGCGCCGUGUGCACGGCUCAGGAAGAGGUGCGGCGCCUCAAGUUCUUGACCAUCACGUCGUACGACGGAACCAAGCUCAAUGCCGACGCGAGUCUGCCUUUGCCCAAGACUCCCAGCGACCGGUUCCCUGUCGUGAUCAUGGCGAACUCCUGGAGUGUCCCGCAGUUCGAGUACGUGAUUCAGGCCCAAGAGUUGGCGCAGGCCGGCUACAUCAUCCUGGAGUAUGAGACGCGCGGCUGGUACUUCUCUGGGGGCGAGAUCGACUGCGCCGGCGAGAAGGACCAGCGUGACAUCUCAGAGGUUAUUUCCUACGUGCUGAGCCAGAGCGACUGGCAGGCAGAUCCGGGGCGAAUCGCGCUGGCUGGGAUCUCCUAUGGCGCCGGCCUUGCGUUACUCGGUGCUGGCCGCGACCCCCGCGUCAAGGUGGCGGUGGCUAUGUCGGGUUGGUCGGACCUGCAGCAGGCCUUGUUCAAACACAACUCUCCGAACCUUGUUUGGGGCGAAGUGCUGGUGGUCAUGGCCCAUGUUGUCGGCAAGCCGGAGCCCCUCUUGGACGAGGUCUGGCGUCAGGUCCUCGCCGGAAACGUCACUGCCGCCCAGAGCUUUGCCACACUCCGCUCCGUUUUGCCCUACUUGCCGGCCCUGGAGAACCGCAGCGUGCCGCUCUUCAUCUCCAACAACUUCGAGGAUCGUUUGUUUUAUCCGGAAGACGCCGUUGCUUUAUACGAGCAGUACAAAGGUCCAAAGCGACUACUCCUGAAUCAAGGCGUCCAUGCCAGUGCAGAAAUCGGAGGGCUGUUUGGGCUGCCGAAUAACCAUGUCUGGCUGGAGGUGAAGAAGUGGCUGGCGACCUACCUGAAGGGCGAGCCGGGUCCAAGUCCGCCAGCAGUGGAGAUGCAACUUAGGUCCAACCGUGCCGUGCGAAGCUCGGCGAACGAUUAG